AUGGAUUCCGUCACGGAGCCACAUCCGAGUCCUAGCAAUAGCAAUUCCAGCUAUGCGUUCAUUACACACUCCCAGGAAACACUCCCUCUCAACCUCCCACCUUCAAUAGACAACGCGACUCUGGCUCGUAGACGUAGGCGCCGCACGUCCGCGCACGACCAGGCCAUUCUCGAGGAGGAAUAUCGAAAAUGUGAUCGACCGGAUAAGUCCAAGAGGAGGGAGAUCACAGCUAAAGUUCGGAUGGGCGAGAAAGAAGUUCAGGUAAAGAAAUAGAGAGAGAGAGCUAACUUGAUUUGAUUUUUGAUUUUUUUGAUUUGGUUUUUUCUCUUCCCUUUCCCUCUCCAAUUGCACGUUUUCUAUAUAUGAUGCAUAUAUUUUUUUCCCUCUAGAUGCCUAUAUCUACAGAUUUAUUGGAAUACUUAUUGCUUACCACUCCAUUGUCACCUCUCUUCCUGCCUGCCUGCAUAUUUCCGUUUUCGGGGAAAAUGGCUGGGACGGACGUGUUUACUGUGGCGAAUGCCGUUUUUCUGGUUGGCUGGUUGGCGGUGUUGAUGAUUACUAACCAGACACGCGUCCUAAGUAGAUCUGGUUCCAAAACAAGCGUCAAUCAACGCGCCGCAAAUCUAAGCCACUCUUGCCACAUGAGGUAAUACCGCACAAUAGUCAGAAUUCGAUUUCCUCGUCCCAGCUAUCUCUGUCCGAGAGUUCUCAACCAUUCUCCUCCUCCCAAUCGCAGGAGAGUAACGACAAUAAUUAUAAUCAUGAUAGCCACGAUAAUUGUGGCGCUACUGGUGCUACUGGUGCUACUGGUGCUACCGGUGGUGGUGGUGGUGGCGGUGGUGCUGCUCAAUACCCGGAUACCGGUACACUCAGUGACGACGUGUUGGAUGCUCGGGGUGGGGGUGAAUAUCUUGGCGCUAGUGACGCGGACGACGACGAGGAACCGCUCCACCAAAGUCACCAACAAUCGUGCCAGGUCGCGCAGAGUAAACCCUCAACCACCACUACUGGCCAAACAUCUGGACGCGGGCAUAAUAAUAAUCUAUCGCUUGCAUCGCAUCGGAUCUCUUCACCAUCUUGCCCUGAGAGCGGUCAUCCGGCCACGACAAAGCAUCAUCGCCACCAUCAACGUCAGAAGACCUCGCUCGUCAUAGGCGGGGAAGAGGGAGGAGACGAAGGAGGGGGCGGGCACGGAGUGUCCACACAGAUAACGAUGACCACUUCCGCCCAUAAUCGCUUGCAACACGUUCUAUCUUCCGCACCUACACCCGCUCACCACCACCCCCCGCUCGGCACAUCGCGUCGGAGGACGGCCCCAACAACGCCCAAGAACCCUCCACGAUUACUAAAACGUUCGUCAUCAAUUCGACUCUCCACCUCGCUGGAGGGGAAAGCCUCGGUAGUGUUGGAGGACGAGCCGUCUUCACCCCCGCCGCCACUACUCACCCUCCCAACAGCGAAAAUCCAACCGAGCUCUGUAUCCCGCAGCGCCUUGAAGCGCCGGACCGUCGAUAGUAAAGUUUGGGAGUUCUGCUGCGAUAACCAGGCCGUUAUCCGCUCCCCGUGUCCGCCACAUGAGGAACCGUCAGAGGCAACGGAAGCCUUGGGAUUGGUCCGGGGUAGGGGGAAAAGCGGUGCACACAAACCAUCGCUGAAGGACAGCUCGAUGGGGAGUUCCUUGGGGAUGGCAAAGCCCAAAAAGGGUUUACAAAAAGCGAUCCCUUCGUCGUCGUCGCCUAUAAAAGCCAAGAAGAACCGGAAGAUAAUCUCUGCAAAAUCGUCACGCCCAAAGCCGGCAUUGUCAAACAAUGUCAAUGCCAACCCCCCCGCAUCGAUAGCAUCGUCGGCUACUACUAGUAAUAGCAGCAAAAAGCCCCGCACAAACCCCCUUCUCCCCGAACCCGGCCAAGAUAGCGACAAAGAGAACCGCCCUCCGGGGGCCCCUGUUUCUCCACCCCCCGAACCUCGCAGAGUUCUGGGCGUCCCAGGCAAAGGUGAUGUAGUCAACAACAGUGCAAGGAAGAAGAGGCCGGCAGGCAAGAACAAGACUCCGCGGAAAAAGAGCAAGUCCCUAUCCGACAGGCAGAAGAGACGCGUCCUGGAGGAUACCAGGAGUGAGGGUAUGAGGAUAUUCUAUGACGUCCCGCCGGCGAGCAGCCAGGUUUGCGAAACGGAGUAUGAAUUACCCGGUGCUGGCAGUGGUGGGAGCCAGUCGUUUUUUGACGAGUCCAGUCAGGAGGGCGCGGUGAAUGUGGGGCCGGCAAGGGUGGAUGAGAUGGAGUGUGUGGAGAACCUGUUGAGUUUGAGGGGCGGGGUUUGGGGGUAG